UAACUAAGCAAGAAAAAGGUCGUUUUGAAGCUAUGGCCAAAAAUGAUAAAAUCGCAUCCCAAAUAUCAGACAAAGACAAGAAAACAUCACUUGGAGAAUCACUAAUUAUGCUUCAACUAAAAGAGAAGGAAGCAAUGAUGUUUAUAAAAAAUAUGCAGGAAAACAUAAAAGUAAUAAUUGACACAGCUGUAAAUCUUAAUUUUUUGGCAGAACUGAAAUUUUGUUUUGUACAUGUUAACUGGUUUUUCUGUAUGAUUGUUAACAACACUCCUCAAUAUUUUCCUGCUGAAUAUACAUUUGGAGUUUUCUCAUUGAAAAACGGUAUAGAAGAUGUGCAUCAUACUAUUGUCAGUGCUAAGAUUCCAUUAGGAUAUAGACGGGAAGCGUUGGAGAUAAGUCAGAACAGUCAUAAAAUACCUGUAGAAUAUGAAGGCGGAGAGACUGACUUUGCUGUUAUGUAUGACAAACUAGCAAACUUCCUAGAAUCUAGGAAAAUUGUGGAUCAGUAUCCUUAUCUUUUUACAAGGAAGGCUUUCACACGAGAAGCACAAUCCUUGAUAGCAAGACUGUGUGAUGCAGCACAGCAAGAUAAAGAGCAAUUUAAAAUUUAUGAAUUGGAGUCAUUGUUCGUACAUUUGGCAAAUGAAUUAUUCAAGAAAAGAAAAGAUCGAGAUAUGGAUUUAAUUCCUGUUUAUGCUCAUAAAAUAUUUGAAAAUUAUACGUAUCGAUUUGAUAAAGGAUUUGAAUGUCAUUUUCAUAAAUACGUUGAUGGAGGACCUGAGUACUGUAGUACAUCUGUGCUGCAACAAUGGGCAUGGACAUUAUGCGAUGAGUUUUGUGCACCACUUAAUAUCGAGAUGCAACCUGGAAUACACCAGCCUGAUAGAUUUGAUAGAAAUCCUAAUCAUUUCGACAAGCGAAGCUUGGUGUCGAUGAUGAACAACUUGCGCGUCAGAGAUGUUCCUCAAGCUACAGCUGGGACCGAUGGAGUUUUAUCUAUGACAGGCGUAAGUGAGCAACAUAGAUGGAACCGUUCUAGUAGAACAUAUCAAGAAGAAAUGCGUCGUCGAAAUGAAUCAAAACCAGUACAAGUUAUUGAUUGUAGCAAAUUUCAAGACGGUACUAGUACAUCUAAUGAUAAAUCUUCUAUUACCGAGUUUGCUAGCAAACCUGCUAAGAUAUCUAAUGUAGAAAGGGCUGAAUACUUAAAUGAAAGACCAUUACGACCUCCAAAUAUUGAUCCACGUAUGUAUAUUACUUCCGUCGAUGAUUUACUUCCAACGGAUGAUGAGAACUUUCCUCCUAUUGGAGGAAGAGGCGUGUCUAACAGAUCUCGUACUUUCCAAUCAAGAAAGGCGCCUCUAGGCAAAGGACAAGGACACACAUAAGCAUAUUUUUGGAUGAUUAAAGAAAGCAUACUGCGGCAUCUACAAUAUAAGGAAUAAGUCAUAAACCGUAAGAAAUUGACCAACCGUAAUCGAUCAUUUUCCUUGCGUUUGACUAUGAUUGAUCAAUUUUUUACGGCUUGCAGCUUACUCCGCAUAUUGUAGGCGACAUAACAGAUCUGACUGGAUCUGACACGUCAUUUGACGAGUUUCAACAACGAUAU